AUGGAUUUAGAUUGGUGUUUGACCUGCUCACGACACACUUCGGGUGGACUAUACUGCUCAGACUCGUGUCGGUUGAAGGAUAUCGAUGCAUCAACACCUAUAAUAUCGUAUCAACCAUACUCUGCUUCUCCUCGAUUGACACUAUCUGCCUCUACAACAACGACUGCGACAGCAGAUACAACUGCUUAUGGAACUCCGUCUACACUCGCCGCCACCAUCACCGCUGAACCCUACACCAAAUAUAAUAUAUCCAUGCCGACACUGACACUCCCAAAGUCUGCACAACCCCCAUCCAAGUCACUGUCGUAUUGCUAUUUACCAAGGCAUAAUUGCACACACAAUUCUGAUUGCAGAGAGUUUCAAUACACCGUACAAAGAAUGCCGGUAGUAAUAUGA